CCAGCGCGCACGCGGCCCCGAGUCUAAGGCAACUGUCCGCGCCGAGAGCAAGCACACGGGGAGAGUAUAGAAGCCUUCACGUUUGAACGCCGACGUCGAGGAGAACAAGGCGUGGCACCUGUCUGACCCAGGAGAGCCACGGGAGAGUGCCAAGGAUAACACGGGCGAGACAGAGGCUACAAGGAAUUCCGUACAGCUGUGUUUGCUCUCGAAGAUGCUUAUGAUGCCGUGCCUGUUACUGCUCUGCAUGGUGCCCCAUUGCUGGUGGAGCUGACUGGACUAUUGAUUUGGGCUUUCCGGGAAUCCCAGUAAUGACAAGUGAGUAUGUUGAUUUCAAAGAUUGAGUUUGAUGUGUAUCAUAUCCAAAUGGUCUUUGGACAUGAUACAAGUGAUUUUUACAUCUUCCCGGAUUUCAGCUUUGGCCCCUUGUUAGUGGAGGAGAGUCUGCCACCUCUGCCAGAAUAUACAGGAAAUAAAAUGAUCCAAUCCACAUUUUUACCUUUAAGUGUCAUCACACCGACUGCAAGUAUGACCAAGGAGUUCCAGAUUGUUGUUGGUUUGCCCCUAGCACUCGCAAAUCUGCUUGCUUCUGCUGAGGAUGGCAAUUGUUUUGAUGGACUGGAGACAUCAAGCAGUGAUACUGUUAUAGACUUGCUGUAUGAAUCAGUUGCUUUGCUCGCAGCUGUUCAGAUCCUGUCCUGCCCGGAUGUGAAGCAUGUACUUGCAAGCUACUUGGUGAGGGAUCGCCAUAUCUAGUCCUUCGCUGCCGAACGAUCUCCUGCUUGCACCUUGUUGACCGCGCCAAGACACCUGCUAAUAUUUGGGUGGGCACUGGUCAGCCAGAGAAGGGGCCGUUGCGAGUAGAAUGCCCCGUAAUUGUCGUUAGUCGGCAGCUUCGGACUCCAGUGCCCGGGGUCGGUUGUAGUUGACCCAUUUUACUUUAGUUACCCUAAAAUAUAGUAGCGCCCCCUAGAUUCAGUAUGCCGUCCCUCGCAAGGAGAGCGAAGCCAGGGUGGCCGUUUUGUGUGUGUGUGUGUGUGAGUAUAUAUUACUUUCAAUUUUGUUUGAUUCAUGUUUUAACUUUAAAUGGCCCAGUAAGACAGAAAAGUUUUGAUACUCUUAAUUAUUAAUUUUUACCAAAA